ACACACGUUUUUUUCGGCUUUGUGCAAGCAAAUCGAGUGCAAUUCCAGCGAAAACCCCUUCCUUUGUGCGCGGCGCGUGCAAUUUGGCCAUUUGCUUGUCGCGAAUCGUGAUUCCCCGUAAGGCAAACGAUUGGCAGAGUUUCGGCAAGGGAUGGCAACACUGCCGCACGCCGGCCAUGUUAUUGUGAUUUGUAAAAGGUGGAACGUAGACACGUGUUUAAUUCGUGCAGCUCUGUAGCGCUGAGAAAUCGCCUUAAAUCGCCAGCAAAUAAACAAGUAGACCAUACAAAACACGCGAGUGCAUUAUAUUCAAUUGAAAACCCCCAAAAAUAGUGAGCAAAAUAAGUUAUCCAAGCGGUUGCGAGAGAUCUUUCAAUAUUCAGCGAAAAUGGUAUCCGGUCGUCCUCUACUCUACCUCUCACUGCCCGGUGUAGCAUUUAUACUCGGCGUCUUCUGGUUUCGGCGUAGAAAUAAAAAUCGUUUAGACAAGCCCGAUGACGAGGACACAUCGGCCAUCAAGGACUCUGCGAUUGAGCCCACUGUGCAGGCGCGCAAGGCCAAUGGAGUCCUGCAGAAUGGUAAAUUGCCGCAGCAACCGCCCAGCAAGUCGAUGAACAUCAAUGGAACCAUAGCCAACGGAAGCGGAAGUGGUGGCAGUAAUAGCGGAAGUGGCAGUGAUGAGAAGGAUAGUCCCACUAUGUUGUAUGGCAAAUCCGCACCGAUCAAAAUCCAGAGUAAUGGACGCACUUCAAAUGGCAAACAUCAGCAGCAGAUCGAUUCCGAAAUGCUCAAGUCAAAGAUCCAAGAUGCCGAGCACAAGAAGCUCUGCUCCAUAGAUGAGGAUUUCGAGAAUCUAUCAUCGCCACGUGAUCUACCCGAUUCGGUAAAUACACGUGUAUCGUUUUAUAAUCGUAAGGCCAGUCAAAAGACAGUGGAACCGGUGGUGAUCAAGGCCACACGUACACCGAAGAUAUCGCCGGAGAACUCCUUCCUGGAUACCAAUUACACCACCAAGGAGGAGUGUGAGCAGAAUAACAACUGUGAGCCCAAGGAGAAGGGAAAGAAUGGGGAUGUUGCCAAGGAGGAGACCACCAAGAAGUCCAAUGGGGAGCAAGAGCAGGAACCGGAGCUGGAACCGGAACAGACGGUGCUGAAGGAGGAACUGGUGGACAGUAAUGGCAAUCCGAAGCGCAAUGUGGAUGCGGCCAGCCCAUCGCUGAGCAUUUGCAGCGUUCAGUCGGGCGAUUCCGGCAAGGGAUCCAGUCUGCCCCGCUCGGAGGCGACACGCGUGAAGACCACCUAUGAGUUCCUCUUCCCCAUCAGCCUGAUUGGUCACCUGUACGGCCGCAAGCGGACGUUUAUUAAUCAAAUUAAGGCCAAAACCCUGGCCAGCGUGGUUCUUAGCAAGAAUCCCUAUUCGAGCAAGGUGCGCAUCUGUACCAUUGAGGGUACCGAAAGCGAAAUUGAUGCCGCACUGGCCAUGAUCCGUCAACGUUUGCCGGCCAAGCGGUAUCCCAACUUCACCAUGCAACGCAUCCACUUUGCGCUUCCCCAGACCAUAGUUCCUCUUUCGACCGAAAGCCUCUACAAUCUACAACUGAAACUGAUCGAGGGCAUCAACAAUGAUGUGGUGGUGAGCGCGGUGCUGUCCGGGUCGCAUGUGUUCAUCCAGCACCCGCUGCAUCCCUCGCAUCCAUCGCUGCCCAUGCUGCAGAAGCAGCUGUACGAUAGCUACUCCACCAUGGAGUCGCCCCUGCUGCCCAGUUUGGAGAUCAGUGCCGUGUGCGUGAUACCCAUCAAUGGGGUGUGGUAUCGCGUUCAGAUUGUGGACACGGAUGCCGAGGACGAGGAGCGUUGCCUGGUCAAGUUCCUCGACUUUGGUGGCUACAUGAAUGUCGGCUUUGACACACUGCGCCAGAUCCGCACCGACUUCAUGAGUGUGCCCUUCCAGGCCACCGAAUGUAUCCUGUCCAACAUUGAGCCCAUCGGUGAGACCUGGUCCAUCGAGGCGGCCGAAAUCCUCAACCAACUUACCAAAGGCAUUGUCUUGCAAGCACAAGUCGCCGGCUACAAUAGUCACAACAUACCAGAAAUCUAUUUAUUCGCUUCUCUAGGUCCCAAUAAGGUAAUCUUUAUCAAUAAGGAACUGGUCGCCAGAAACCUCGCAAAGUGGGUGGAGAUGCGUGACUAACAGCCUUCGUGAACAACUGAACUAGUAACCAAGAACUAAAUGAAAACUAAAAGCAAACUUAAACAACAAUCACUCAACACACAAAUCAAGCAACUUGGCAGUGCAACAAGGGAAUGCUUGAGUCUUGUGCAGCAGGCUCCAAAGGGCUGUGUAUCCGGAUGACGAAUGCGGGUGCAGCUUUUUUACAGAUAGCAUGUAGGCACAUAGAAUAUAGCAAACGGUAGAUUCCAGAAGAACUGCCAAAUUGCAGAGGCCCCAAACAGAAACAAAAACAAAGCAACACGUUCGUUAAGUUGUAGAAUGCGACUGAGCCUAGGGAAAAAGCGCCCCCUUAAUCAUUACAUAACAUAACAAACACAACACCCAAACGCAAAUACACACACACACGCAUAUAUGAAUAAGAGCACCUAACACCUCACUAACACACACAUUAUACACAAAAAACAAGGCAAACGUUUGUUUGUUGACUGCCCAGGAUUGGAUACCAAAAUGGGGGAAGGAUCAGGCUAGGUUAUACGGUUUGUGACCUCGUGGCACCAACGGGCGGGCGGGCAUCCUACGGAUCGGCUAGAACUGUCGGAUUUGAGAACGGACCGCUUAAGAUAUUACCAUACUCAGUUUAUAAGUAGGCAUUACUCUACCUAGUGUAAAUAGUUUUUUAUAAAUUUAACAAAAAUGCAAAAACAAAAAUACACUAAAUAUAAACUUAACUAAAA